AAAGCAUUGAAGGAUCUGAAAGAUGAAAUUUUAACCCGGCACAUGAACUUAAAGGAGGUGUCUUCUGGGUAUGAGCUAAUGGGUGUGCAUCGGCAUCCAGAACAUCGGGUGGAUUAUAUGGAAUGGGCUCCAGGGGCUCGCUAUUGUGCAAUUAUUGGUGACUUCAAUGGAUGGUCACCUACAGAAAAUUGUGCAGGAGAGCGUUACUUUGGUUAUGAUGAUUAUGGAUAUUGGUUUAUCAUUCUUCAGGAUAAGCUUAGAGAGGGAGAAGAGCCAGAUAAACUAUAUUUUCAACAGUAUAACUAUGUAGAUGAUUAUGAUAAAGGUGAUAGUGGUGUCACCAUGGAAGAGCUCAUUAAGAAAUCAAAUGAUGAGUACUGGCAACCGGGAGAAGACCGUUACCUAAAAAAUCGUUUAGAGGGGCCAGUAAAGUUAUACGAGCAGAUAUUUGGUCCUAAUGGACCGCAAACUCUGGAAGAGUUGGAGGACAUACCAGAUGCUGAAACGAGAUAUAAGGCAUGGGCAGCAGAGCAUGGACAUUCCCGUCAUGCUGUGAUUGAUAGGGGCAAGGAGUAUGACAUAUAUAGUGUGAUAGUUGAUCCCGAAUGGCGAGAAAAAAUUCGUGCACUGAAACCUCCUGUAGCAUACUGGUUUGAGACUCGUAAAGGUAGGAAGGCAUGGUUGAAAAAGUAUAUUCCUGGCAUUCCUCAUGGAAGCAAGUACAGGGUCUACUUUAACACUCCAAGUGGACCAUUGGAGCGGGUACCUGCUUGGGCUACAUAUGUUCAGCCAGAUGUAGAUGGAGGGCAAGCUUACGCGAUCCACUGGGAACCAACCCCUGAGCAUGCAUACAAAUGGAAAAACACAAGCCCCAAAGUACCAAAAUCCCUGAGGAUAUAUGAAGCUCAUGUUGGAAUUAGUGGAUCUGAGCAAAAAAUUUCCUCAUUUAAUGAUUUCACCGACAAGGUUCUUCCUUACAUAAAGGAAGCGGGUUACAAUGCAAUCCAGUUGAUUGGAAUUGCGGAGCACAAGGAUUAUUUUACUGUUGGUUACAGAGUUACCAAUUUUUAUGCUGUUAGUAGUCGAUAUGGCACUCCUCACGACUUUAAGCGAUUAGUUGACGAGGCCCAUGGACUAGGAUUGCUGGUCUUCUUAGAUAUUGUCCAUUCAUACGCAGCUGCAGAUGAGAUGGUUGGAUUAUCAAUGUUUGAUGGAUCUAAUGACUGUUAUUUUCAUUCUGGUAAACGAGGGCAACACAAAUUCUGGGGAACCAGAAUGUUCAAAUAUGGCGACCCUGAUGUUUUGUAUUUCCUUCUCUCAAACUUGAACUGGUGGGUUGUGGAGUAUCAAAUUGAUGGUUUCCAGUUCCAUUCAGUUUCAUCUAUGAUGUAUACUCACAAUGGUUUUGCUUCUUUUACUGGUGACUUGGAUGAGUACUGCAACCAAUAUGUUGACAAGGACGCACUAUUAUAUCUUAUUUUGGCCAAUGAGAUACUACAUUUUUUUCACCCAAAUAUUGUCACAAUAGCGGAAGAUGCAACAUAUUAUCCUGGAUUAUGUGAGCCAACUUCUCAAGGUGGAUUGGGAUUUGAUUACUAUGUCAACCUUUCUGUGUCCGAGAUGUGGUCAACUUUUCUUGACAGUGUUCCUGAUCAUGAAUGGAGCAUGACUAAGAUUGUUAACACAUUAAUUUCCAAUAGAGAAUAUGCCAAUAAGAUGCUUAUGUAUGCUGAAAAUCACAACCAGAUGAUCAGAUUGAUCACGUUAACAAUUGGUGGUCGUGCCUAUUUGAACUUCAUGGGCAAUGAAUUUGGGCAUCCAAAGAGAGUUGAGUUUCCAUCAUCAAGCAACAACUUCUCAUAUUCACUUGCUAAUCGUCAGUGGGAUCUUUUGGCAAAAGAUGGAAUUUACAGUGAUUUGUUUUCCUUUGAUAAGGAUAUGAUGAAGCUGGAUGAAAAUGAGCGAGUGCUCUCACGAGGUUUACCAAACUUACACCAUGUGAAGGACAGUUCAAUGGUCAUAUCUUAUAUCAGAGGCCCCCUUCUCUUUAUUUUCAAUUUUCAUCCAACAGAUUCUUAUGAUAGUUACAGUGUAGGUGUAGAAGAAGCUGGGGAGUAUCAAGUUAUUCUGAACACAGAUGAAAUAAAAUAUGGAGGUCAGGGGAGGCUUAAAGAAGAACAGUAUUUUCAAAGAACUGUCAGCAGAAGAGUUGAUGGCCUUCGAAACUGCUUAGAGGUGUCACUCCCUAGCAGAACUGCUCAGGUUUACAAGUUAAGGCGGAUUUUGAGAAUUUGAGGCAUUCUGCAGGUGGAUAAGAACUUGGAUUACAUUUUACCACCAAAAGCUUUCCUUGGUAUGUAAGAAAAAUAGAAGUUUUCAUAUGAUCCUCAAUAUUGUAUACAUGAAAGUGCAGAAGAUGGUUAAUUGAAUGGGUUGAUAGUUAACCACUCUCCGAGGUUACCACUGACCACAGCUGCUACAUGGGUUAUCCUAUAAUCUCUGGGAAAGCAUUCAGAAAAAAUGGAUCCUAAAUUAUUGAACAUGCAAGGUACUUAAAUAUGGCACUGCAUGUUCUCUGAUAAUAUGAACCCAGAAUUAUGCUUGUAAACCCUAUUGAUCUAUAUUCCACAAAUGUCACGGGUUCUGUGUAGAGUUUUAUUUGAGACUAAUAAGGUGGAACUUAUGUUAAAGGAUACAUAAAUGUAGAAUGCGGUAACUAAAAUCGUCAUAUACACUGGGACUGAACAUUUCUAAUUAGAGAAUGUACAUUUCUAAUUAGAGGAUGCAUUAAAUAUCAGCCA